AAUGGAGACCAUGAGCGGAAAGCUGAAUGAGCAAGUCAACGCAAAAUUAGAAGGAACUGUCCGAAAGGAGCAGAUGGAAACCCUCCAAGAGAGAAUUGAGAGGGAUGUCAAGAAACUCAAGUCUGAAGCUAAGGAGUUGAAGCGCAAGACUCAACCAUUGUUGCCUACGGCUAUAAGUCAAAGAAAAUCAGCCGCUGACGACCUACAUAUGAGGGAACGAGCGGGCCCCACAGAGAUGCUGAGGCCAAUGGGACUGUACGAGACAUCAGAAAGACCCGUAUUUAAGGGUGACAUCACUCAUUUCAAGGCCUUUAUGAUGGAUCUUAAACAACUAGUAGACCAGUUUGAUGUGAGAGAUUGGGGCAAGCUGGCCUUAUUGACAGCGCAAUGCAAGAUUAGAGAGGAUGGGGGCGAAAUCACUGUUGAGAAAAUUGCAUCCAUCGUAAAGGAGGACGCAAAAUCUAUAAGGAAUGCAAAAAUUCACCUCUCAACCAAAUCAACGCUGAGAAAUGUCCUGGAUACGGCAGCAGACAUUACCCUAGUCAGAACAGGAGCUUUGAGACAGAUAAAUGAGAAGCAAAUAAAUAUACUUUGA